UAUGUGUACAUAAUUAGAAAUAUGUUUGCAGCAAAAUGAAUCUAUCUAUUUAUUUCACGCUUGCCAGCCUCGUCCCGCAUUCACAACACAAUGUCGUACAAUUUCAGUCCCAUCUCAUCCCGCGACUCGAUUGCGUUCGCCUGUUCUCGUCCUGGGUUCGCGAAAGACAAUGAAAGUCCGGGAGCAGUAAAAGAUGAGGACAUUAAGGGAUGGUGCGAGUUUAUACACAGCAAAGGAGUGAAGCACAUUGUCAGUCUACUUGGCGAUGACGAGGCUUUGUGGUAUGCCACGCCCAUUGAUCAGCUGCUGGAGAAGAACGGGUUUGAGUUGUCGAAGUACACCAGAACAUCGGUCUUUGUCGACGGUGCGGCUGAGAAAAUCAUCAAUGGCUUCAAGCACGCCGAUGAGUGCAACGAACCGUUUGUUGUCCACUGCUCCGGAGGAGCUGGACGUGCAUCUGUGGGAGCGGCCCUAUGGUUAAUGCACAAAUAUAACUUGAGUGCCGAAGAAGCCGGGGAAGAGAUUGUCAAAGCUGCCACUGACGGCGUGAACAGGAAGCCAUCGGCCGAAAAAGCCGAGCGUCUUUUCAAGACAGGCACCUUGAAAAAGUGAACUAACUGAUGAAUACCAAAGUUUUUGUGCAGUGUGGAGAUUAAUUAUAAUUCAGAAGUCAAUAAAUUUGAAUGGAGAUAAUGAUUGUAGUGUGGCGUGAGGAUCAAUCGGCGUUUGGAAAAAGUAGUGGACGAUGCG